CUGCAGGUUCCCCUCCCGGCCUGAGCGCGGCAGCAGAGCGCGCAGUUCCCAGCAGAUGAAUGACGUCAGCUGGAGCAGGGCACGCGACUCAGUGUCGGUAACGUGGAAGUGGGAGAAUCUUAGAGAGACACAGCUGUGUUUUGCAGAAGUGUAUGGGCCAAGCAGCUGCUGUGAAGACAUGCCUGCAAAAAAGAAAAAUGCCGUUCCUGACAGAUGGACAGACUAUACAGCAGUGGGUAAACGGAUCCCUGGAACCCGCUUCAUCGCCUUUAAAGUCCCCUUAAAACAGUCUUUCAGAUAUCAUUUAAAGCAGUCAGAAGUCUUUGGACCGUUUGAUCUUGUGCGUAUGUUGGAGAAGGAAGGACAAGAACUGGGUCUCAUCAUCGAUCUGACCUUCACAACUCGCUAUUACAGAGUAGAGGAUUUGCCAAACACAUUGUACCACCUGAAGAUCUUCACAGCAGGGCAUGAAGUGCCAAACGAUGCCACGAUUCUCAGCUUCAAGAAGGCCGUCAGGCAUUUUCUGCGUGAUAAUGAAAACAAUGAUAAGCUGAUUGGUGUUCAUUGCACGCAUGGUUUGAACCGCACCGGCUAUUUAUUAUGUCGAUACCUAAUCGAUGUUGAUGGGAUGAACCCCCAAAAAGCGAUUGAUUUAUUCAAUGAAUCAAGGGGACACUCAAUUGAGAGGCAGAAUUAUCUCGAAGACCUGAGGAUGGGGCACAAGAGAAGGUGAGCUCUUCUGCAUGUCAUUAGAGCUAUGUAAAGUACACUGUAUUAUAUUUAAUGCAUGACUUUUUAAGGCCUCUAAAUUGUCAGCAUGAUUAAAACUAAUCUACUACAUGCCUUGGUGCUUAGUUAUAGCUUAGCAAUAUAGAAAUGUUCAGGUCAUGAUACACACAUUUUGUUUCUUUGUAAUCUUUACCACUUUUUAAAAAGUAAACGUAAGAACUUUUAUUUUGUUUGUAAUAUCCAAGAUAAACAUUUGCUGGACUGAAACAACUUAGGUUACUUGAUUAUUCAUACACCAUUUUCGUUUCUCAGAAAAGUCAUGUCACUAUCAAUUAUGAUCAUCAGUCUUUUAAGAAAUGUUUGUUUGUUCAUCUCUUAAUCAUUGUAUUGGAUUGCAUUAUAUGUUUUGCCUCCCACAAUAAAAACUAAGCAUUUAUUAUCAUUUUACUAAGAUGACAAGUGAUAUUUUAUAUGCAUUUUAUGCAAGUAGUCAGUUAUGCUGUUAUAUUAUUUACAUUACAGGUUAUCAGAAUUUCAUGCUUUUGACCAUAUCAGAUGUGACAAAGACACGAACAGAUUUUCACACCAAAAGAUAAUUGGGCUGAUUUUGGGCAGAUUUCGCCUCUUCAGACAAUCCUAGCUAUGUCCCGGGUAUCUUGAUGGUUCUACAGAUUAUUUUAUCAGAUUUUCCCUUGGUCUGAAGCGGAGAGGGAGAAUCAGCUUGUUGAGUUGUGCCAACAGCACUAAUGUUUAUAUAAUGUGUCAUGUAAAAAAUCAUUCCUAACACUAUCAUUGCAAUUUCUUCCUGCAUAUCGUCCGCAAUGCUUAUUCUGAAGUCUCGCGAGGUUUUGCAAGAUUUCCUGUUGUUCACAGUCAAUACUCUGGUAGAAAAUCUGUUUAUGUGUGGUGUGCUGUCUUUGUCACAUCAUGGCACACCAUACACUAUAGGAGCAAAACGUUUAAAUGUAGGAUAUUUUAUCCUCAUGUUUGUGGUCCGACACAUUUUGAAAAUCUUAUGUAAAAAAUCUUUUGGUGUGUACCCAGCAUAAGAAGAACGACUUCUGAAGGAUCAUGUGAUACUGAAGUAAUGGCUGCUGAAAAAUUCAGAUUUACCAUCACAGGAACCAUUUUUUCAAUGACAUUUUAAAAGAUUUUACCAGCCCCAAACCUUUGGAUGGUUGUGAAUUAAAGUAAUUUUGGUUUUCACCUUAAUUUAACUAUAACUUACCAUUGAUUUCAUUAUCACGCAGAAAAUUCCUGACGACCUUCUUGAAGCUGAGAAUCGUGAUAUCGUUUGGCACUUCAUGCCCAGCAACUUCACCAAAUUGUAUAUAUUUGUAUAUGUUCCUGUUGCUGUUUUAGGGCAUUGCGUUAGAAGCGCAAAAGGUUGUGGGUUCAAUUCCCAGGGAACAAACACAGAAAAAAAUGUAUAACCUGAAUGCACUGUAAGUCGCUUUGGAUAAAAGCAUCUGCUAAUUGCAUAAAUAUAAAUGCAUAUAUUUGCUCAG